GGCUCCAGCUUGGUAGACCUUUCAGCAGCCCGCUGAUCGGUGCUGGGUGGAGCCCAAUGUUGCUGCCCAAUGCGGUGGAGGAAGUGGCCACCAAUAGCUCCUUUAGAGGAGAAACCAGCUCCUUUGACCACAUCCUUCCCGAGAAGAAGCCCAAGGACGAUUCGCAGGAGCUUGAGAAGCAAGAGAAGCAACAGCGACAGGAGCGGAGGCAGCGGAAGCGGCAAGAAAUGAAGGAUAUGAAGCAGCGGAGACUGGCGCACUUUCUGAAAACCUACGGCUUCAGUACUGAUGUCAACGAGCCACGGGUUGAGGCCGCCUGUUCUCCAGACUCCCUUCAAAGGAAUACCUUCAAGGAGGUCCUUUUCAGAUGUCAUCGGCUCGUGGGUCGAGAAGAGAGCAUUUAUCCCAUCCAUGCAGCGGCCGAGCUUGGAGACAUCAAGCUACUCCGGUCUUUGCUGGCAGCAGGAGCUGAUCCUCAACAGAGGCGGGCUUGGUUCGGGUAAACGGAGUCUGGAACCACCUGGUACUAGUAUUGGAGUUAGUUUACACCACUUACUGUAUAAUAUUAUAAUUCAUCGACAUGACAAGUCCAUAUAGAUUCUCAUUUGAGGAGGAAUCCGGAGCAUGGCCGUCACCUCAUCUAGCUCUUCUACAGAAAUUGUAUAGUUUGACACAAGGAACUAUAUUGGUAUCUCCGACGCACAUCUCCAAGUGUGUUCAAGUCAGUCGAUCAAAUAUCGUUUGAAGGACAUUUAAACCAGGAGCUCUGAUGGCGGAAGAAUCAAUCAUCAAAGAUACUUUGAUCUGCAGGCUGCCCUUGAUGCUCCACAGUGCACACUUCCAAAUGGCCCUUAGUGAGACACCGGACCAGCUUUCUUCACCCUCGGCGUACAGGUGUUUCUUUCGGAAAAGGCUCUAUAGCACCCUCAGCUGAGUUGGCUUCAAGCUUGUGAGGGAUAAGUUGAGAACGGGAUCUGGAUCACCAACCCAUCUCAACAACCGGUGCCUGGCCACUGGCCUCUCCGCUCGGAUCUGUUGUGCACCAUCAAUGGCCUGGUAUAUCAACGGCCUUGGUUAAUAGAGAAGUUCUUCCCUAGUGAACAACCA